GAGGAGCGGGCGGCGCGGGGCGGGAUCGGCCGGGACCGCGGGCGGGCUGGGGCGCUGGGAUCCCGGCGGCAGCGAGCGCAGCCGCCGCGCUGGGGCCGCUGACACUGGGUGCCCGGGAUGAGCCUCACCCGGAAAAAGGGCUUCUACAAGCAGGACGUCAACAAGACCUCCUGGGAGCUGCCCAAGACCUACCUGUCCCCGACGCACGUCGGCAGCGGGGCCUAUGGCGCCGUGUGCUCCGCCAUCGACAAGCGGACAGGGGAGAAGGUGGCCAUCAAGAAGCUGAGCAGGCCUUUCCAGUCUGAGAUCUUCGCUAAGCGGGCUUAUCGAGAGCUCCUGCUGCUGAAGCACAUGCAGCAUGAGAACGUCAUUGGGCUCCUGGAUGUCUUCACCCCAGCCUCCUCCCUGCGCAACUUCCAUGACUUCUACCUGGUGAUGCCCUUCAUGCAGACAGACCUGCAGAAGAUCAUGGGGAUGGAGUUCAGCGAGGAGAAGAUCCAGUACCUGGUGUAUCAGAUGCUCAAAGGCCUUAAGUACAUCCACUCAGCUGGGGUUGUCCACAGGGACCUAAAGCCAGGCAACCUGGCAGUGAACGAGGACUGUGAGCUGAAGAUCCUGGAUUUUGGGCUGGCACGGCAUGCGGAUGCUGAGAUGACUGGCUAUGUGGUGACCCGUUGGUACCGGGCCCCUGAAGUGAUCCUCAGCUGGAUGCAUUAUAACCAGACUGUGGACAUCUGGUCUGUUGGCUGCAUCAUGGCAGAAAUGCUGACCGGGAAAACUCUGUUCAAGGGGAAAGAUUACCUGGACCAGUUGACCCAGAUCCUGAAAGUGACCGGGGUGCCAGGUGCAGAGUUUGUGCAGAAGCUGAAUGACAAAGCGGCCAAAUCCUACAUCCAGGCCCUACCACAGAGCCCCAAGAAGGACUUCACUCAGCUCUUUCCAAGCGCCAGCCCUCAGGCCGCAGACCUGCUGGAGAAGAUGCUGGAGCUGGAUGUGGACAAGCGUCUGACAGCCUCACAGGCCCUCGCCCACCCCUUCUUUGAACCUUUCCGGGAUCCUGAGGAGGAGACUGAGGCCCAGCAGCCAUUCGAUGAUUCCUUAGAACACCAGAAACUCACAGUGGAUGAAUGGAAGCAGCACAUUUACAAGGAGAUUGCGAACUUCAGCCCCAUUGCCCGGAAGGACUCGCGGCGUCGGAGUGGCAUGAGGCUGCAGUGACUUCCAGCCAGGCCCCUGGAUGAGCCUAGGGACUGCCACAUGGCACCACCAGCCAGACACUGCCCCAGGACCAAUAUUUAGUUGUCACUACUAAAGUCUCAACCCUUCUCAGAUUAUAGCCUCUCAAGUAGAGGACAGAAGUGCCUUCCCCUGGCAUAGGAAUGGGGCCAAGGAGAUAAUUCAGAGGUGUUGGUGGGGAGGAAAUAACUCUGAUCAAAACAAGUUGCAUUAAAAUGCCUGGGGAAAUCACCUGAGUGUGGGGUCCUUUCCUUUCCAGCUCUAGGGAAGCUGAGAGGGUUGGGCUGAGUCAGACCAUGGAUCAAUGGCCAUGAUGGUGUAUCAAUUUCUUAGAGCUGCUGUAACAAACGACCAUAAACUACAAGGCUUAAAACAACAGAAAUUUUAUUCUGUCACAAUUUGGAGACCAGAAGUCCAAGAUUAAGGUGUUGUUGGGACCAAGAUCUCUCAGAAGAUUCUAGAAAAUAAUCCUUCCUUGCUUUUUUUAGUUGCUGGUGACUCUGGGCAAUCCUUGGCCUUUUGUGGCUGCAGCUGUGGCUGCAUCCCUCCAACCUCUCCAGCGUGUUCACGUGGUUGUUUCUGUGCCU